AUGGCCCUGAGGAGGUCAUCCAGACUAAGCCAAAAUGUUGAACUGGGCAAAAGUGUGAGCUACGCCCUGGCUGAAAAGACGGACGACGAGGAUGACAAUUCAGGUGAUAAAGUUAGGGACAGGGGAACGAAGAAGGAUGUGAAACGUGCUAGCGGGGGAGUAGCAAGCACCGAUGAUGACAACACCACUGAGGACAGUGACUACAGAGUAAGUGAGAAUGAGAAGCAGGGGAGCUCCGAAGAGGAGGAAGAAGACAGUGAGGAUCAGCAAGAUCAUAUAAGUGAAGAUUCCACGGGCGGUAAAAGAAAGAAAGGGAAGAAUACUCGCAAAAGUAGGGACGAACAAAACACACGCAAGAGCAUCCGUAACAGCCGCGACAGUGACGAAUCAUCAUCAAUGGGAGCCAAAAGGAAAAGAAGCAAGUCCGCCAGGAAAGGCAAGCCCAGCAAGCAAAACAAACGGGGAAGUAUCGAACAGAGUAUGGUUCCGCACGAAGAAUACGCCAACGAGAAAGGCAACAAUUCUUCAGAUGAAAACUCAAACAAUGUGAACAAAAACAACAAGCAGAAGAAGCCAAAGGGUAAAAGCUACAUAGAAAGACUACAGGAAGAUGUGGACGACGACGAUUUUGAUAUUUUUAAAAAGAACAGCAAAUUUGACAAAAAUAAAAGAAUAUCCACCAUAAGCAAGGUUAGCAGCGCGUUAGACAUGAAACCGCAGAAGAGGAAAAGCAUUUACGUGGAAUCCAGUAACAGUGAAGAUUCAAGCGAAAGCGAUUAUGAGUACACCACUGAAAAGACGAGACCUGCGAAAAAAUUAAAAAAUAACAACAACAAUGGUAGUAAUGAUAAUAGUAAUGAUAACAUUAAUAAUAACAGCAAUAAUAGUAACAAACAGAACGACAAGGAACGACGUGGGCUAAACAACAUAAACGCAAAUGCUCAUAAAAAUUUUGAUGACUUUAAUAUGUACGAAAAAAUUAAAAAGGGCCCCAGAAAUCUACACGAGAUUAUAGAACAAAUUUAUUACUACUUGUUUCAUCGGGAAAAUAACGAAAUGGUUAAGGUGUCCACUUUUUUUUUAAAUUUCCUGGCUGAAUGCUCAGGCAAUGAAACGCUCACGUGGACGAUUGACAUAAUUGAUUAUAUAGACAAGCAAGUAUACCUCUACGAAGAAAUCGCAAAUAACAAAAUUGACCUUCCGUCGACUGCUUCGAACAGGGCCAGAGCGGCUCCCACGUCGAUAACCGAAAUUAUCACGCCAUCAACAGCGCAAUCAGGUAGCAAAAUUAUCAACAUAGAUGAAAUCAUAAAAGACGAAACCAACUUUGAAAAGAUAUGCACAUUUAAGUGUAAAAAAUUGGAACAGUAUUUAUCCCCCGAUCUCGACAAUGACGUUUUGAUAAAAAAGAAAAAUGAGAAUAAUAAAUCAUAUAAGUGCUUUACCAGUUUCUUCUCCGAUUUUGCUUACCAUUUUGAUGAGAAUUACAUCCACGAGGUGUUGUACGUGUGCAUAUGGAUAUUCUCCCUCAGCAUAAGCAAGUACCGGAAGAUACGAUUUACUGCUUCUUUAGCUAGUCACUCCAUAUUACUAGGACUGUGCAAAAAAAUAAACUAUAUUAACAAUCAUGAGAAGCAGGCGGGGAAGCAGCUACUCGCGGAGUACGCCCGGGAGAGGGAAAAUACCCACAAAGGGAACGGUCAGCGGAGGGGCAGCGCUAUGGGCAGGAGCAGUAGAAACAGUGCCCACACCUCGAAGACGGGGAAUGACCGAUGGGACGACGCUGACAUUGAAGAACUCAUACAGUACGCCAAAAUGAGGGACAACGAACAAAUCCGAACCAUCGUGGAAAGAAAUUUAAUCAUCAGCCAACUCAUCGAUAACAUAAACGAGGACAGAAAAAAUUUGACCAUCUUGAAUAACUUCCUUCUAUGCACAUAUAACAUAAUAUACCGGAACAAGAUAAAAGACGUGUUUGCGGAUAUAAGGGCAAUAGCUCUGGAGUUUUUCCUCCACUACGUACAGGUGCUAAGCAGCUACUUUACCAACAGGAAGUACACCAAACUUCUCAUUUGGAUUUUGUACGAUAAAGAUAGCAAGGUUAAGACAUACGCACUGGAUAUUUUAAUAUAUCUCUGCACUUUGUACAACACGAAUGGGAAUUUCAAAAUUGUGGAGCUGCUCUACAUGUGUAAGAAAAAAUUGCUGAAUUUUAUUUUCGAUGAUGAUUACAAUGUUCGAGUGAAGACAUUUGAGUUGAUUCUCCAGAUGAGCAAAAUGAAAAUUAGCAAGGCCGAUUUUAUAGCGUUUAAAAGAAGCGCCAAGAAUAGCCCCAUCGCGCUUACUAACAAGAGAAAGGAGACAACUUCCGAUGUCUCUUCCCAAUAUGAAAGCCCCGAGUACGAAGAAAAGGACACCUCUUCCGAUGUGGAGGUCCUUGCAAAUAAUGAGCUAUCCAUAGUGCAGGCUGACAAACAGAGAAAGAAAAAAAAUCCCACAACAAGCGACAUGGUUAAUAUUCUCUCAAAGAAGGAAAAGAAAAUUGUUAGCAACUUAAUAUGGUUUAACAAUAAUAGUAAAAUAUCGAAGAUGAUCACGUGUCUUAUUUACGAGUCACAAAUAAAAAACAAAAUAAAAAUAUGCGAUCGGAAGAGGAACAACUAUUUUGACGUAGAACAAAAUGACGCCAACUGUGAAAUUGUAAAGUUUAAUCUCAUUUUUUUGACAAAAUACCUGAACAGAAACAUCCCGACUGUUAAAAAUUUCGUCCAUUAUUUUGAUUACCUGGCCAACUACAAUGAGAACAUGAAACUGUACACAGUGAUUGACAGAUUUGUUAGCGGGAUUAGAGAAAUGCUAGAUGCGGUGAAUUGCAUCGAUGUAAUGAUUGAAUUGCUUUGCAAGGAUGACAUUGCUCAGGAGACACACUGGGAGAGAGCUGCGGAAACGGUUAGGGAUAAGAACGAGCUGGAAGGAAGUGGCAGUGGGGACUGCAACGUGGCGGAGGGCGGCGCGGAGAGGGGGAAGAAGAAUGGAAAGGGAGCCAAAAAGGAGAGCAACAAGGCUAAGGAGAGGCCGAAAAGAAAGGGUGGAAGUGGAAGUGAAAGUGGAAGCGAACAUGGAAAUGAAAGUGGAAGCGAACAUGGAAAUGAACGUGGAAAUGAACGUGGAAAUGAACGUGGAAGCGAACGUAGCAACGGUGAGGGAAACGAACUCGAGGUGGAGGGAGGAAAAGCCAGCGCGGAGCGAGACCUCAGGAAGUGCCUACUGUACAUCUGCGAAUCGGCGUACAGAAAUUUCCAAAACGAUAUAAACGAAAUGGAAAAGAAGAAAAAUAGGAAGACGCUCCCUCAAGUUAGCGGCGCGAACGCAGUAGAUAGGAACAGCAUGCACAACGCGAAGCUGAAUAGUGAUACGAGAAAAAUUAAAAAGAUGAUCAUCUACACAUUCGGAAUAAUCAAGCACAGUAAGUUGCUGAUAAAACUGCACCAAACGAAUCAGGAACAUUUGUUGUUAGUUUUUAAAAUUUUGAAGGUGGCAAUACAAGAGUGCAAACACAUAUACAGAAAUGGAGAAAAGAAUAAUAUCUACAAUUUCACAUCAACCAUAAUGGAAUAUUUUAAAAACGACAUUGACAGCAACAUCAAUUUUUUCUUUAACAACAUUUUUGUACAUUUAAAGGAGACCUACGAGUAUCUCUACUACUUAAUAAAAAAUUUGAAGCUGCCAUAUUACUCUGCCAAGUUUACCAUGAAUAUGAUUUCCCUCUUUCUGUCCUUGAAUGAUUUCCUUAAGGGGAAGGAUCCUACCAGCGGGGGAAGUGGCAGCCAGAAGUUAUCCACCGAUAUAUUCUUUGACCUUUACUACACACACUUUAGCAACUUCCUAGAUGCCUUUUUAUACUACCGAAAGAACUACAACGCGGAAAUUGAGUGCGAAGAGGAAGAGGAGGAAUACAUACAGAAUGAACGUAAGAAAGUUGUUAUCAUUAAUGAAAAUUUAAUGCACAAAGACAGGAAUGUUGUGGAUUCCAUAGAAAACGACUUAGUCUCCAAUCUUACAAAUUUGAUUCAUAUGUAUACUCUCUGCUUCAGCUACAUAAACAAUGAUUUGUCCAGUUACGUGGAAAAAAAAAAUGACAUCAAGAAGAUUAAUAAGAGCAUUAAGAAGGUUAUCGAGAAGGACUACUUUCAAUUUAUUGUAAAUGAAAAAUGUCAGGCGUACUUUAAGGAGAAUAUUUUCGUGAACGAAAUUUUGGAUGACCACCUUCUGCAGUUCGGCAUUGAGCAUUUUGAUGAGGACUACGACAGUGGUGACGACCGCUAUGACAAUCGCGAUGACGACAAUGAGGAGGAAGGGGGCAGCCAGGAGGAAGACAACGAACCGCACAGUGACCAGCUCGACCAACGAGAUGAGGAGCACACCACUCGAGCCGCCAACCGAAGGAGGAACAAACAGGGCAAUCGAAAAAAAGGAAAAAAUAACAAAUCGAACGCGAAAAAAAACGUGUACGACAACUAUAUGAGCCGAAGUGGCACUCUCAACAAUCAGAGGAUAAAUAAUAAAGCGGCAUUUGAUAAGGACGGACAUUUUUCAAACCACCAGGGACAAAAUUUUUACAAUUUAUACUACAGCUCAGAUGCCUGCAUGCAUGCAAAUGUAGUCAUUCAGCUGUGCUUUUACAUAAUAAAGGCAAAAAUCAAUUCUGCGUACUACUAUGAAGAGGAGGAUAGUACCCCGAAAACACCCUCAUCCAGGCUGCUCCUACUCUGCAUAGACCUCAUAUACGUCAUAUAUGAAAAUUACAUAUACUACCUAUGCAGGAAGAGAUACUUUUUCAACUACCUAUAUAGUAACUUCUUCUUGAACAACGACUCCGGGGUUGUAGCUAACGUAGGGGGAAAUAGAAACGUAAAAAAGGAAAUGAGCAAAAAGAAUAACCCAAAUAGGACAAGCGUGGCCAAUGAAAAAGAUAUAAAUGUGGAAGAAAAAGAAUCCAAAGGGGAAAACAAAAAUGAUACCCCUAGCAGCAGCAUCAAUAUGGACGAUUUAAGAAAGUUGCUUACCCUUAGUGAGAAAAAAAAAAAUAUUUUAAAAAACGUAUUCGUGGAACUGAAUUAUAUAUACAACAAUUUGCUAACCCUGAGAGACGACUUGAAUGACGUGUUGGUGUGCCUCAUCAAGGCAUCCAACAACACGAUCCUGAAAUAUGGAGCCUUCUUAAAUCUGAUGAACGUCGCGCAGCUGGAAAAUGUGCUCCUCUACUCUGUGGAGGAUAUGAGAAAGUACAAAACGUUGGAGCUCUUUAUAAACGCGUGUUGUGGGGAAGAAGGCCAGAUGGACCACAGUGGUGUAACCAAUCUGCAGCAGUUGCUAACUUUGGACGGAAGCGGCAAGACGGAGGGUUCAGCUAACCACACAAGAGAUAGCGGCAGACACGUGGAGAAGAUGGACGAACUGGUGCAAGUCUACCAUGAUGCAGACGAACAAAUCAACAAAUACAAAAGCGUGGCGAGGUAUGUGUACAAGGAAGAUAACGUGCUGUUCAAUUUCGUAACGGACUUAUUCAAAAAUGUGGAAAAUAUAAACAACGACAAUUACAAUUUUGUGAACUCCUUCUUGUCAAUCGACAUAGGUGUAUUUUUCCCCAUAAACACAUACACCUACAUUGCCGACAUGUGCAAAAUAUACAACAAGGACCAACUCAGCACGGAUGAUAAAAUUUUAGAAAUGCAGUAUACUCACAUGACGCUAAUAAUAGCUCAGUUUAUUUUACAUUGCAACAAUAUAAAUAUAUUUAAUAGCUGCCUCGGAGUCCUUCUAUUAAUCCAUUUGAAUGUAAAGAAUCGAGGACUGUCCUCCAUCGCGUUAAGUUUUCACAACAAAUUAAAAAAGUACAGUAUUGAUAUUUUUUAUGAAGUCUUACUAUGCGCAUUGAUUGGGCUGUAUACAGCAUAUAUCAACAACGCACUGGAAGAAAAAGACCUCUUGCUGUUUAGUACCUCUAUAGCUAGCCGCUUGGGCGUUAAAAUUGUAGAGAGGCAGAAACUUCCCCUCUGUAAGUUUAUCCACUCUUGUGUAAAUUGUGCCCUGAACCUGAAAAAUCAAAAUUCAUUUCUAAAAUAUAUUUUUCCCUAUGCUCAGAAGUUAACUCUUUCCGAUUAUCAAAUUGGGUACCUGAAAAAGCAGAUUCUGACCCUCAUAGAAUCAUACAACGCAGCUAACAAUACACAGAUAAAAUUUGAAAGCAGCAUAUUUGAACAUCUGUUUCUGAUAAUCUGCAAGAAAAGAAAACUCAAUGAAGAAUUUAGGGACUCCAAUUAUGAAAACUCCUACAUGAAUCUUAACGAAAGUAUCCAUAUGAAUAUAAGCAAAAAUAUUGCCAAACGGAUCAGUAGGCGAUCUGAUGCACCCUCUAUAAAGACGAGGAGGAGCUCUCAGGAGGUCAACCUUCACGUUAAUAAGAAGGUGACUCAAAAUGGGAACAAUUCGGACGGAAGUCACAGCGACUCCGAUUCGGAUACAGAUACAUCCAUCGUGGUUGUGUCAAAAGGCGCGGCAAAGAUUCGCCAGAAUGAUGUAAAUGAAGAAACAGAUCAAAAUAGGCACCCUUCUAAAAUUAAGGAGGAACUAGCGGAUGGAGGGGAUGAUUCUCGAGAGGAAGUUGCGAAGCGUAGGAAUAAAGAAGGAGGAAGUGCACCAAACCUGGAGAGCACUACACCGCGGCGUGAUAAGGCGGACGACUCGAAUUAUGAGAAGACGCCGUCCAACUCAACGCUCAGCAACUUUAUCAGCCAAAAUGAAGAUGAGGACAACGUGUGCUUGAUCGGGGAGGCCAACCUCGGCAACGCCAACCACGGCAACAGGGGAGCCCCGCGUAAUGAUGAGCAAUACGUGUACGAAAUCAAUUCUAGCCCCAAACCGAUAAGGACCAAAAACUUUACCAAGAUCAAUCUAAUAAGCAACGAUGGCUUAGGCUCUACCAUGAAUAAUGACCGCGCGGACAAGUCUCCAAAUGGAUCUCCAAAUGGAACUCCAAAACAUUCGGGUGACCGGUCCCUCAACAGCUCCCUAAAUAAUGUCAGUGAUAAGGACAAUGAUGAUAUGUCCAUAAUAUCUGAGAAGAAGGACAAGCUGAAUUAUCUACAGGAAAACGAUGAUGAUUCCUAUUCGGACAUGAUACCAGGAAUAUCUCCGAUGAAAGUUCGCAAGAAAAAUAAAAGUGAAUUGUCCACCCCCAUUUCGUACGCCGACGAUUUGAUGAAUUUUUGA